AUGGCACAACAGCAUUUUCAGCCUUCAGCCUUGGACUCGAACUUAGCUACUCUGGCUCAGGCGUCUCAAGCAGAAAGACCCAAGACUCUUGUGCAACAGUCUUUUAAGACUUGCAUCCAGAAAAAGAUGGCUUACGCUGUUGAUUCUCCUCGGAAGCAUGCACUGGAUAAUCUGGUCGCCCAAUUCGUCGUCCUUGACAUGCAGCCUUUCACCGUAGUUGAAGACAGAGGAUUCCACACUUUGAUGAAUGCCAUGGAUCCGAGGUACUCUCUACCCAGCAGAAGAGAGCUCACUCGAACCCUUAUACCUAACUUGUACAGAGAGGAGUAUGCAAAUCUCCAAAAAGAAUUGAACGAUGCUGAAUUCAUCACCUUAACAACUGAUGAUUGGACCUCUUGGAGCACAAAAGGAUACAUGGCUGUGACAGCACAUUUUGUCGACAGUCAGAUGCAGUUGAAAUCCAAAAUCAUUGAGAUUCGUCGCAUCACCUCAUCGCAGACUGCAGACCGAAUUGCAGAAGAGCUCCGGGGCAUAAUGUCUGCAUGGGACAUUACAACCAAGGUGUUUGCCAUCGUGACGGAUAACGCAGCAAACAUGAUUGCAGCCAUAAAAAAAUUACCAGUCUACCAUGUUCCCUGCUUUGCACAUACUUUGAAUAUUGUUGUCCAAGACUCACUGAAAAAUCUAAGGACAUUGUCAAGUGCCAGAGAAAAGGUCAGAGCCAAAGUGUCUCAUUUUAAUGUAUCAAUUCCAAUCAAAAUAAAAUAA